GCAGGCCGGGCCGCUGGAGGACUGAGCGCGCGGUGCCGGCCGGGCCGCUGGAGGACCGGUGGUGGCAGGGGCACGAUGGCGACGUCGCUCGGAGCCAACACGUACAACCGGCAGAACUGGGAGGACGCGGAUUUUCCGAUUCUGUGUCAAACAUGCCUCGGGGAGAAUCCGUACAUUCGCAUGACAAAAGAGAAAUAUGGGAAAGAGUGCAAGAUCUGCUCCAGGCCCUUCACGGUGUUCCGCUGGUGCCCGGGAGCGCGGAUGCGUUUCAAGAAGACGGAGGUGUGCCAGACCUGCAGCAAGCUGAAGAACGUGUGUCAGACGUGCCUGCUGGACCUGGAGUAUGGUUUGCCUAUCCAGGUGCGCGAUGCAGGAAUCUCCCUCAAGGAUGAGAUGCCCAAAUCUGAUGUAAAUAAGGAGUAUUACACGCAGAACAUGGAGAGAGAGAUCCAGAACUCGGACGGGACGAGGCCGGUGGGAGCGCUGGGCAAGGCCACCAGCUCCAGUGACAUGUUGCUGAAACUGGCCCGGACCACCCCUUACUACAAACGCAACCGGCCCCACAUCUGCUCGUUCUGGGUCAAGGGGGAGUGCAAGCGCGGCGAGGAGUGUCCAUACAGGCACGAGAAGCCGACGGACCCUGACGACCCUCUGGCUGACCAGAACAUCAAGGACCGCUACUACGGCAUCAACGACCCGGUAGCGGACAAGCUGCUGAAGCGAGCGGCCACCAUGCCCAGGCUCGACCCCCCCGAGGACAAAACCAUCACCACCCUGUACGUGGGGGGGCUCGGCGAGCAGAUCUCCGAGACCGAGCUGAGGAACCACUUCUACCAGUUUGGGGAGAUCCGCUCCAUCACGGUGGUGCAGAGGCAGCAGUGCGCCUUCAUCCAGUUCGCCAUCAGGCAGUCGUCGGAGCUGGCCGCCGAAAAAUCCUUCAACAAGCUCAUCAUCAAUGGACGGCGACUCAAUGUCAAGUGGGGCCGAUCCCAAGCGGCCAGAGGAAAGGACAAGGAGAAGGAUCCGAACAUUACAGAGUCCGGCAUGAAGUUGGAGCCCGUUCCCGGGCUACCUGGAGCGUUGCCGCCACCCCCGGUGUCGAUGGAGGAGGAAACGGCCACCAACUUCUUCAACCUGCCGCCCAGUGCCCCGCCCGCCGUGGUCAACAUAUCACUGCCCCCUCCCCCGGGACUGGCACCCCCGCCACCACCAGGUUUUGGACACGCCCUGUUCCACGGCAUGCCUCCACCGCCGCCGCCCUUCCUCCGGGCUCCGGGUCCCAUCCACUACCCCUCGCAGGACCCCCAGCGGAUGGGCGCCCACACGAACAAAGCCAACAGCGCCUAACUCCAGCCUGUCCUUCCUCUCCUCUCCCUCCCUCCACCCCUCCUCAUGUCCCUGCCAGCCCCUGGUGCCGAGCGGCAGUGACAAACCAGAGAUUCCCACGACCGACGAGAGGCCCGUUUGCAAAGCCCCCGACCAUUCCAGCUGUGCUCGUUUUUUGUACGUUAAGGAAAUUAGUGAGUCUAGUUUUUAUUUCUCUGGUCCUAUCUUAAGAAGGUGUAAAUGUCGGUUCUCAAGAGCUGUUGGUGAAGACAGGAGCUGGGCUGCGUCGGACCUGUGCUUGGUUUCUGGGUUAACAUCUCCCAGAGAAAGACCCUGCCCCAGACUCCACUUGGGAAGAUGUCCCCCUGCCUCUUGGGGAUGAGCCCCCUGCUUAUCUGAACCUGUCCCCUCUUUGUCACCCAUUUCCCCAAAGGCCACGGUAGAUGGUGAGACACAGGCCGCCAUCAACGUCACUUCCAAGUCUCAGCUGCUGGGAAACUCUGUGGGAGAUUCUGAUCAUCUGAGCUGUGGGACGCUGAUAUGGGUCAGGCUCGUAGCUGUUUGUGGAUGCCCCAGAGGAAGCAGAGUGAGCAGAUGGGCAGAGUAAGCGUAUAAAAGAACAAUUAACACACACCUAUCAUCGGCGACUUCAGCUGUACAACAGUAAUCGGUUCUUAACCGUUGCCUGGGUGUGGUCAGCAUGUUUGGGGGGGGGGGGGGUGAUGGAGAAGGAUUGGGGUGGGGGUGGUGUUUAGUGCCUGCUUUUGUCCUCUGCUUCCUUCUAUCCUGUGCCCGUGGAGGUGGGCUUCAGAUCCAGGGAGCGGGAGAGGCCAGGGUUGCAAUUAUGGUGCUGUGUUUUACAUUGGAAAUGCCAAAGACCUGUGUGUAUUGAAUCAAAACAUCUAUUAAUUCCCCUCACUGCAGCUCUCUCAAUAGAAUGGAUGGCGCAGCGGGUAGAGCCGCUGCCUCACAGUGCCAGAGUCCAGGGUUUGAUCCUGACCUCGGGUGCUGUCUGACUGUGUGGAGUUUGCCAUUCUCCCUGUGACCGCGUGGGUUUCCUCCAGGUGUUAAGGUUUCCUUCCACGUCUCCAAAGACAUGCAGAUUUAGUAGGAUAAUUGGCCGUCUGUACAGUUUUUAGUUUUAGAGAUACAACGUGGAAAUAGGCCCUUCAGCCCACCAAGUCCACGCCGUCCAACAAUGACCCAUACAUUAGUUCUGUCCUACAGACCAGGGACAAUUUUACAGAAGCCAAUUGACCUACAAACCUGCACGUCGUUGGCAUGUGGGAGGAAACCAGAGCACCCGGAGAAAACCCACGUGGUCACAGGGAGAACGUACAACUCGCACACAUUCAGCAACUGAGGUCAGGAUAGUUCCCAGGUCUCUGGUGCUGUAAGGCAGCAACUCUACCGCUGUGCCACGGUGCUGCCCCAAGUUGCCCCUAGUGUGCGGGGAGUGGAUGAGAAAGUGGCAGAACAUGGAACUCGUGUGUGAAGGGGUGAUCGCUGGGUUGACUUGGACUCGGUGGCCCAUUGGGGCAGUUUCAAUGCUGUAUCUCUAAACUAAGCUAAUCUCUGACUGUUUUCACACGGGGGAGAACCCUGAAGCUGCCUCCGUUGUGUGACUGCCCCGUUGCUAAGAAAGUUAAUUCUCAACAUCACACGCUGCGACCCCACCCGCCUACCAAAAAAACCUUGUCCCAGUUUGUAUUCCUCACCUCCAGCCUCAGACACUUCCCCCUCCCAGUGUCUCCGCCUCUGAACGCGUGCGGCUGUGGAAUUGUGUCCACUUGUACAGGUCAACCACCAAUUUUACAGCACCGUUAGGUCCACAGCUUUGCCGGUUUAUCCAUUUUGCUGGACCAACGGAGGUCACGGCCUCGCCUAGGCUGUUGGGGGGGGGGGGCUCACAUUUGACCUGCAGAGCGGCCACGGAAGUUCCGAUGAGGUAGAGAUCGGCCGCCUCACCCGGCCUAGGCGCCAGUUUCGGGGGGAGGGGAAGGGAGGGGGGGGGGCUCGGGUGCUCAAGAGCACUUGUAAUUUUUUUCGGAUUAAAAGAGGUGCCAGAACACCAGUUGCGGUAAAAUCAGUGGUGGACCUGUGGAGAUGGUUAGCUUGGGCCAAGUCUAAUGCCCAGCGCAGAGAUAAUGAUCAGUCACUAGUAACACUGUGCUAACAUUUAUUGGUCAUUUACACUUAUAAAGGUUCAUCUUCUUUUUAAAUGG